UGCCUGAUGUUUCUUUGACUCCAGCAAUUCUCAUAUUUAUUUUUCAAGUUUACAAAUUUGUUUUUCCCAUGGCCAAUGUCUCUACUUAAUUCGGAUUGUGUUUGGUCAAAUUGCUGCAUAGCUGAUAUUUACACUUUUACUUCUACUGCAGUGAGUUUCCUAAUGUUGGAGAGACAAUUCAUGGAGUCCCUCGAAAGUCGUGCAGCUCCAUCAUUCAUGUUCUCAGGUAACAUGAAACUAUUGUUGGUACUUGUGGUCAGCACUCAACUCUUCCAGCCCUCUCCUGCAGCCUCCUUCAGAGCCCUUGCCUGCAAUGAGCAGAGGGUGGUGAAGGCAGCAGACCUGGCAGUCGAACACAUAAAUACUGACCAACCAGGAGAAUACAAGUACGUGCUGAACAAAAUCGAAAAUGCCCAGGAAGACAGAAGGAAGCAAGCCACGCCUUCUGUUUAUUUCGAAUUUGAAAUACUAGAAACUAAAUGCCACUUACUGAAUCCCAAACCUGUGGCACAGUGUGAAGUACGAUCAGGUCCUGAAGCUAUUUCUGGUGACUGUAAAAUACAGUUACAAAUGAACAAAACUACUGGAUGCAUAAAGGUCGACAGGUACUGGUGCUUAAUAUCACCAGAUUCGGACGACAUGGUUCUGAGACCCUGUCGAGACUGCCCACAUCGUAUCGCUUUAAAUCAUUCUGAUGCUAGUUCUGCUGUUACAGCAGCCUUGCACAAAUACAACCAAAACAGCAGCAAGCCAAAUUACUUUGUUGUACAGAAAAUAACAAGAGCUUCCUCCCAGAAGCUUGCUGGGAAGAAAGUAUUUGUUGAAUUUGUAAUCCAAGAAACUACAUGUCCUAAAACUUCUAGUCUUCUGAACUGUACAGCAAAUAAAGGCAAAUUUGCUUUUCAUAAUAAAGGUUUCUGUACUGCCUCUGUUUAUAAACCCAUUACUGGGCAAGAGAAAGUGGAAGUCAAAUGUGAACAUUACAGACCAAAGGUUAUAAGCUCGACUAAGAAUAAAGCUGCAAAUUGUAUUCAGCAAAGAAUUCGACACAAGGGACAAGGAAAAAGAAAUAAGAGGCAUGCCAUUCAAAAAAAACAGCUUGGUAAUAAAAGGGCAAAACUACGUGACGGAACUCCCAAGAGAAUUGAAUCAUCUGAGGAAGUACGGGGUGCACUGGGUUUUGAAAUAGGUACAGGUAGUAGAAGAAACUUUCCAAGACUGCCUGCUCCACGAAAUAUAUGCCCGGGCAGAGCUCGGUACUUUGCAGGACCCACUGUGUCUAUUUGACAGGUCUCGGAAAUAAAUCCAGAGAAGAGA